AUGGCUGAAGGGCGUCAUCCUCUGCCUGCUCACCUGUCGCCAGACCGAGAAGUCCACGUUAUUAUCUCUACCAGAUCAGGCGAUCAGACUGCCCAAACAUUCUAUGACACGACCCUACAGCCAUACCUUGCAGUACAAUGCCCUCAUCUCGAGCUCAAGAAGAACCAUUUCAUCCACACCACUACUUCCCGAACAAGUAUCACAGAACUGACUACAAAGCUCUUCCUCUUUAACGCCAAAAAAGGUGUGAAGAACACGAUCCUCCUCCUCUCUGGCGACGGCGGCAUCGUCGAUGUCGUCAAUACUCUGACAACCACUUUACAGCGUGAAAUCGACGACGUAAGACCUCCCAGCAUAUUCUUCAAGCCAAUUAUUGUGCUUUUUCCUUGUGGCACAGCAAAUGCUCUUGCUCAUUCAGCAGGUAUCGUGCGCAAAGGUCCGUUAGAUGUCUUGAUGACUGGACGAGCUCGUCCAUUACCACAAUUUGAGGUCAAGUUUUCUCGUGCUGCUCGGUUAGUGGCUGAUGAAGGACGACAGCGCCUGGAAUUUGACCAACCUGGACCGCAGAACGAGCGAUCUUCGGGCGAAAUAGGUUACUACGACCCAGAGGGCGAUGUUCGAAUUUAUGGUUGCGUCGUGUUUAGUUGGGGUUUGCACGCCAGUCUUGUGGCACUAAGUGAUACAGCAGAGAUGCGUAAGCACUCAGUGGAAAGGUUCAAGAUGGCUGCUGGAGAGCUACUUCAGGAAGGACAUAUCUAUUCGGGGACAGUCAAGUGCAAGAGCAAUGGUGGACCUUGGCAGAACCUUGAGCAUAAGAGCAACUCUGGACAAGAUGGAGCGAGCACAAAUCAACACCGAUACAUCCUCGCAACUCAAGUCAGAAAUUUAGAAGAAAAGUUCUGCAUAUCGCCUCAGUCACAGCCAAUGGAUGGAACUUUGCGAUUGCUUGCGAUUGGUGAUCAAUCCUCUGAUACAAUUAUGAAAAUUCUUACUCUAGCAUAUGAAAAUGGCAAACACGUAGAGGAGUUCAAAGACAGUAUAACUUACCAAGAGAUUGACGGUCUACGCAUUGAGUUUGACGAGCCAGAAGAGAGGUUCAGACAAGUGUGUGUAGAUGGAAAGAUCGUGGCGAUUGAGCAGGGUGGAUGGGUCGAGGUGCGGAAGAUGUCUGCUGGUGGUAUCAAUGGUCGAAGAGUUGUUGAGCUAGUCUCGUGA